AUGCCCCGAAGAGAAGUUCUCUUCUUUGUCAUUGUGUUUGUGUUCGUUUCGAUCGACGACGCGACAGCAAACGUCACGAGUGCGCACGAGGCAUGGGCGGCUCACGUAACCGAGAGCCCUGUGGCGGCGGUGACUCUCAAUCACACUCACGUGCUUCACCUGCCCUUAACGCAGCCGCAGCAGCCGGCGCCGCUGCCACCGCUCUCGUCCACUCAAAAUCCAUCACCGGAACAAAAUGGAAGCUCUUCGCAGCUGGCUAGCGAGCGAAAAUCCUCCACGACGACAGAUGUGACCCCGACAGUGACGCCGAAGACGACGACGGAUUCUUCAAUAAAAGCCAAUAGGGGGAUCAAGAACGUUGAACUCAUCACUAGGAGACCGUCGGAGGAAAAGUUCAAAAGACGGAAAACCAAGGGGAGACCGAUUACCACCACUUCGACGACCGAGAACCCUCAGAACGACUCUCCUCAACAGGAGUCUCAAACAACUUGGGCUCACCUUCCAGAUAAGCAUCAACAACGUCCAUGGGCCAUCGACGCUCAAUGGGACGACUCGAUUUCUCUCUGGGGCGUUCGCAUCCAGCCACCACAAACACCCGAUUUCAAAAGUGCCCGCAGCGAGUGGGGAAAAUAUUGGCCGAUUCAUAUCUAUUGUGCUGGUGGAGUGUUCGCUCUGCUCGCCGUCGUCAACUUGUGGCAACUGCUUUCGAAGUCGUUCUCCUCAACGGCUCUCCUAAUGCCGAAGGGACGUUUCAUAUUUGUGACGUUCCUCAUGCUGACGGCUUGUUCUUUCCGUGCGACGUUCCUGCUCAUUGAUCCCUACAACGUGAAUCAGACGUAUCGAGCUGAAAUUCUACCAGCACUCAUGGAUCUGCCGUUGUUUUGUAUAGCAAUGAGUUUCGCUGUCGUCUUUAUCACCUUGCUCGACAUCUCGGGUGUGCGAAUCGCCUCGAAGUUGUGCAGGAGCUCGAGUGCUCUCGCUCUCGUGUACUCCUUGUUCUUCAUCGGGGGGACGGGUGUCCUCUCCGUCGCGGGAUUAGUGCCGCCCCAGUGGAAGCUCAUAGAAGUGCUGCCGACUCCAGGCUUCGUCGUAUGGACUUCGUUGAUGUGUGUGUGCUUUCUGAGUGUGUUUAAAAAAGUGCGGCGGGCCGCCGAGAGGAGACACGGUGAAAGUUUGAGGGCGACUUUCACCAAACUACAUAUCGAGGGUGCGGAUAUCCCACAGAGACUACCGCGACCGACGUUUUGCAUCGCCGUACGGAUAACCUUCAUAAAUGUCCUCUUGCUACUCGCCAUGAACGGACUCACUCUCUACGGUAUGAUAGCCGUGCUAAAUAUUUUCUCGAUCGGUAGACGACGCCCCGCAGCCGAGCCGUGGCCUUGGUGGAGCUAUCAGCUGAUUCUCCGUAUGCUCGAAGCCACCGUUAGCGUUCUGAUAAGCUACAGCUCGCUGCAAUCGGAGAACGAUCCACCCAGGGACGAGGGUUCGACAUCGGAGCAGCACCCAACCACCGGUUGCUGCGUCCUGAGCACCUGCUGCCAGCGGAAGGACGUCGUCCACAAUUACGAGUCCUGUUCUGAUAUUGCGUACGGUUUUCGGAACGAAAACUUUAAUACGUCAUUAGACUUCUCCAACGUGGCCGGUAGCGGCGCCAGCGGAGCCGCAACGAACCGAAGCCACAACGCGUGGAGUCGAGGCCAAUCAACUGCCCCGCUGACGUUCCAACAACACGGUCGAUCGGAAGAAUCGAGCACGGCGAACAAAUCCUUCGCGCGGAAUUCGCUCCUUUCGCAUCCGAUCCAAGCGUUGAGCUCGCUCGGCUCGGGCCGGCAAUCGAAGUUCGCGACGAAUUCCAGCGUCGAAAGCAGCCAGAGACACUCGACGAUCAUGUUCCGGGACAAAUUGAGGCGGAGCGCUCCUCCCCAACUCCCAGAAGCCGCUCAGCUGAACCAGGUGGCCAACGAGGACAACGAGGGCGACGACGAAUCGAUUCGUGCGCAAAUGGGUUCAAGGGUUCACUCGAUCACCGAAGAGGACGCCAUGCUUCUGAAUUCACCUUUCUUCCCUCGCUUCAAACGCAGCCAUUGUUCCAGUCUCGAUAAUUCGAUCGACGUCUCGAGCGACCAGCUCUCAUCUCUCGGACAGAGCGGGGUCGACUUCAUGCCGCAACACCACCGUCGAACGACGGCCGGCAGCACCUGCAGCAGCGAGUCUGCGGCCAAUAGUUUCGAUGUUGCGUUCUUCCUGAACUCGAAUCCUCACCUGGACCACACGCAAGCUGUCGCCGCCCAGCGAGAAUUCAUGGAACGGCUCGUGCGCCACGAACAGGAACGACAUUUGAAGAGGAGCAGCCAGCAGGAAGAUCGCAGGAGGUUUUUCGAGGAGUACGAUCGGAUCCAGGAGGAGAUCCGCCGAGAGAAAGCUUUAACGUCGAACCUCGAGCCGCGCAGCAUAUCUCCCAUAGUUAGCGCGAGAUCGUCCGCUCACAAGGCAUCGGGCGUGGCUCGGACGCGGCUCGAGAGCACCCGUAGCGAAGAGAUUCUAGAGCACCAGGAGCAUCACACAAACCUGAAGAAGAGUCACCAUUUGCAGCACCACGACCACAAACACCACCUGCAGCAGCAACAGGAAUCAGCCCAUCAGCAACAUCAACACCCAUCUGUGCACAAGAUGAGCCUGGAUCUGGCCCCGUCUGGCGUUGUGGGCACGCAUCCAACUCAGAGUCGUGUUAUCGGCAACACCGCGGACGAGGACAUAACGCCAGACUCCGCCGUCUACCUCGACCUCCACAUGUCACCUUGCGACGAAAGCCCCGCCGGCGACCUGCACAUUAUCCACAAUUCGUUCCACAGUCUAAAGCGGGCGUCGCGCAGUUUCCUCAAUCGCAUCAAUUCCACGUUUUCUCUAUCGAACAAAUCCUACGCGCCCCUUGAGAGCGCCGACGAGUGCAUCACGUACUUCGGCGCCGAUUGCGGAACUCUAGACAAGGGCCAACGACUCCGUGCGGCCAAAUCCGCCGAUGUUUUAGCUUCGGCGAACCACGAGGAUUUCUGCAGCGGCAGUAGUUUACAGCACGGAGACAGUGGACUCUUGGUUGAAGAGAACUCUCAGAGGAGCUCCGUGCUCUGUGACAGCGCCUGCCAAACCGAACCUUUGUGCACGUAG